AUGCUUUUUGCCUUUGGGCCAUACCACGGUCGGUAUUGCGCCGCGCAUGGUGGUAGGGCUGUAUGGGAGAAUGUGCCAGACGCUCUCGCAGAAUCACUCGAGGAGAAUCACAUACAAGCUCUUGCCCUCGGAGAGAAUGAUGCUUGGUUUUUGAGCGAAGCUCCCCGAAGCGGGAAUAAGGGUCUCUAUCGGUUAUCAGACAACUUCGCUGCAAGCUACCCACGUGUCCACGAGAUCGCGCAUUCGAACGAGAUCAUAGUAUGGGUAGCACUGGGCCCGGUUGGACGAUACGUCGUCGCGACAAACGUGCAACUGUACUUCUCCGACAAGGACAUGAUGCGCAUUGAGCAUGGGAGGGAAUGUGUCACUCCAUUGCUAUCUGCAUCAUUCGGGUUUGAGGGAACCUGGAUCUGCGUGAAAGACACUGGUGUGGCAUAUUGGUCGGGAAACUUACCUCCAAUGCUUCAGUCAGUCUUGGAGAGCAAGGCCGUUAGGAACGUCCAGCUCAGUGCCGUCUCGCCAAACCACUUCUUCGUCGAGUAUGUCGAUGGCGAAACGGUGGCGAUGACCCCGUCUUCGUGGCGAUGUCACGAUAUAGAAGGUCUGGUCAGCGUGCACGACGUCCGCAAUGAUGAGGUGAGGGUCGCUGAGGGACAAGGUCUCUCUCAGCGGAUCGUGUUCGCUUUCGGGCAUGAGGGAUCGACAUUCUUCAUGUCCGGUGCAAUGGGCGUGGAAUGGCAUGACCUCGACGAGUCCGUUAUGACUCAUGUGCAACAAGAAGGCUUGCCACAGACCUUCGCCCUCGGGCAAUACGGAGCGUGUUUCUGGAGACGAGGUGGUGUUACUUGGUUAUCCUCCAAGACACGAACAGCUUACCCCGAGGUCUGGCGCGUAUGGAGAUCGCAAGAGCGAAUACAAUGGGUAUCGUUUGGCCCACAGGGAUACUACAUCAUCUCCACAGAAGCGAACAUCUAUGCUUCUAGGUCACGCGAUCUCCUGCGUACCUACAGUGAUGGCCACCGUAUACCCUUACGAUGCGGAUCAUUUGGUUAUGGAGGCAGUUGGGUCGUUGUCGAAGAUGGCGGCCUGAUACGCAGUCAUGGCUUGUCUGAUACAGUCUUGAGAAUAGUCACUGCAGGCGACGUGCGAAAUGUUCAACUUAGUCCGACUGAUCCGAAUGAUUGCUACGUGGAGUACAUGAACGGGACGACGCAGUGGCAGCUACCCUGGCAGUUAUACGACUCCGUGGCAAGGAUAGAGCACGCAAGCGGCAUUCGCAAUCGGACAACUGUAUCGAGCGAUACUACUACCGAAGUUCAGCGCCUAUGCCCCGUGCCUCUCGGACCAGAAGUCAACAGCAUUUCCUAUCAGUUCGCAACCUCCUGGCGCGACAUCACCCUUCGGCGACCUACUGUGCGCUUCGUUUACCGGAUUAGCGCCGGGACUGUGGAGUCGGAAGAUGCUGCUCACAAAGACUACGCGGCUCGCAUCGGUAACGAACAAAGACUGUGGCAUGCGACUCAACGGUUGUGCAACCUGGGUGAUGAUGGGCAAUACCUGCAGCUCUGCAAGGAUAUGAGGUGCUCUCUCUGUCGGAUCAUCGACACGAACUACCGAAAAGAAUACUCAAGGACCACGGGCUUGUUUGGCUUGGGGAUAUACACCACGACGGCAUCCUCCAAAGCAGAUCGGUACUCUCUAAAUGCCCAGGCAUCGAAGUACAAAGCCGUGCUUCUGAACAACGUGGUCCUAGGGCGAACAUUUGAAACAAAUGUGGCGAUGAAUGGGAUCACAGCGCCUCCGGCGGGUUUUAAUUCUGUUUGCGGGAUACCAACGCUGGACGGCGACUUGAAGCGGCCCUAUGACGGGGACUCGACGUGCGUAUUUGACGACGCUGCGAUACGCCCAUUGUAUCUCGUAAUAUACAGUGUAUGGCCCUGA